CGGUUACGGUUUGUUUCCUCUUAUCAUCGCGAGAGAUAACUGAGACCGUCCGAUCCUUAUCACAACUGCAUCGCGGCCUCUGCCGUGCCUUUCCCCCGCUGCCUCGCCGCCGUUCUCUCCCAUCUCCGUUGCCUCGUCCCAGUGGGAUGGUGGGAAUUCGGCCGGACUUCCAUUGAUUUCUGCUUGUUUGUAAAGCCCUCGUUGUUGGUUGUUACCAUUGCGAGUCGAGAUCAUUAAUAAUUCCGGAUUUCCUUUCUUCUACCCUACUCUGCUCCUGAGUAAGGAGAAGGUAGGGGAUUAUGCUUCGCCUUCGCCUCCAUCCGUGCCCACACUUCUCUCCGCCGCCACCGCACCCCGUGCUUACCCGCCAGUUGGCCGCCUCUCCGCUCCCAAAGCUCUCCUUUCCAGCCGCCGUCACCGCGCUCCGAGCUCGAAACCCUCCGCGUUGCGUCGCCGUCAGCCGAGCAGCGUCCGCGGAGCAACUAAGGGGCGUUGAAGAGGAGGACCUAGAUGAGGCGCUCAACAAGACACGGCAACUCGUUGAGUGCGCCAUGUUCGCUUCCGUUGCUGGCCUCGCAUACUUCCUCAGCAACUCCCUCGCCAUCGAGAGUUAUUUUAGUUGCUUUUUUCCAUUGCCGAUAGUCAUCUCCUCACUACGAUGGGGACUGGAAGCUGGUAGGAAAACUAUGGUGGCUACCGUUUUACUGCUAUUCACAUUGUCUGGCCCUGUGAAAGCUUCAACUUAUCUGCUUAUGCAUGGAGUGGUUGGUCUGGCCAUGGGUACCAUGUGGAGGUUGGAGACCAAUUGGAUUGUUUCCAUCAUACUUUGCUCGAUUACCCGUGCUGUGGGAGCUUGUGGAUAUGUGUUAGUGUCAUCAUUUCUGAUAAGAGAAAACAUUCUUGAAUUGAUAACAGUUAACAUACAUGCCUCCUUGACGUAUAUUCUGGCAGCAGCUGGUGUGAACGCAAUCCCUUCCAUGGAUGCAAUAUAUGUAAUCUUUGGGACACUGCUUCUACUGAACUGUGGAUUCUUUGUCUUCAUACUUCAUAUAAUUUACACAAUCUUCUUGACUAAACUUGGAAUCAAGCCUUCACUGAGACUUCCAAGAUGGCUGGACAGAGCAAUUUUGAGUUGAAAGGUGUGCCAGCAAGAUUUUAUUGAUAAUGGAUCAGCAUUGGUGGAAUUGACUAAUCGAUAUGCCUGAUUAAGUAGUCUUGUAGAACCUGAAUCACCAGGUAUGUUGUCCAGAACUGGCGGCUUGAUGAUACAGCAACUAAUUGUAUCAGAUUCGCAAGCUUCUGUAGUUGAGGCAAUCCAUGACUUGUUCUCCAUCGCAUGAUCAUGGCUACUCGUAGGGUGCAAUUAGUUUUAACAUAUAUUUUUCUUCGCUC